UCUGACAGAUCAGUGAUAUCAUUCCAUUUGUUUAUCAGCUCUGCUGUGAUUUCAAUUGGGUGUGUGAAUACUUUUUCCAAAAUGGCCAAAAACACGUCUAGCUCAGCAUUUCGUAAAAUCGACGUUGAUCAAUACAACGAGGACAACUUCCGAGAGGAUGAAGCAGACCAAGCUUCCAGUGGAAUGAUCGUUCCUGACGAGAAUGAGAUCACUUCACUACUUAAUCAAGGAAGAAAUAUCGAUGCCCUGAAAACUGUUUUGCAAAACGCUCCGCUUCUGUGCAAAAACCAACAGGUCAAGGACAAUGCACUGAAUCUGACAUUGAAAGUGCUGCUAUCAAUAAAAUCGUCGCAGAUUGAUGCAGCAAUCGAGUCCCUGGAUGAUCCCGAACUGUGGGAUGUCCUCAUGAAGUACAUUUAUCGAGGAUUCGAGAUUCCUUCCGAGGGAUCCAGCGGCCAUUUGCUGACAUGGCAUGAGAAGGUUUUUGCCAAAGGUGGUGUUGGCAGCAUCGUUCGGGUGCUGUCAGAUAGUGCCCGUGCUUAGGUGCCAGCAGUUAAUCACGCAUGGAGCAAUGCAUUUUUUCUCGUAGGUCAGCUUACGGAUAUCUUCCGCAACAACUUUAGUAUUCUUAUUUUAUUAUAAAUACAUAUACAUAUUGUUUAGAUAAAAAUACAGAUUCUAUUGAUUGCAAUAAAAGCCAUUAAUGAGUG